CUAGAUGGCACUGAAACGCCUUGUUCUCGAUUUUCAAAAUGCAGAGAGGAAAAAAAAAACAACUAAAGACAAAAAGAAUAUGGUGGAGGUGCGUUCAUUUAGACUCACAAGCCCUGCUGUGUAAAGCUGGGUCCCUAGGGCAGCUCUUUAUCCCGCAAAGGGGGACCUCGGCUUUGGAGAGAGGGUGAAACCGAAGGGGGAGCUUUAGAAUGAUACCCCUAGUGUGUGGAGCUGGAUGGGAGGCUCCCAGCCUUUGCGGCUGUCUCACGUGAGAGAAGCUGGGGGCGGGGUAGGGUGGGGAUGGAUCCGUUAGCUGGGGCCCACCCCUUCAAGGUCUGGAGUCCGGUACCACCUCAAAGAGGCCCUGCAGAGGUUAAACCUAGCGGUCAUGAGAUCACUGACAAACCUUACACCGAGGUUGCUUUAACUCUCCCUCUCCUCCAAAAUAUCUACAACAGCCUUCUCCACCCCAUUGUGAUUUUCUUCUGGUCUUAAAUGGACCUUGCGGUCUCCUUUUCUUGCUGAAGAGUCAGGGCAGGUGUGUGUGUGUGUGUGUGUGUUGUGUCGGGCGCUGGCUUAGGAUGAUCGAGAGCCUCACCGCUGCUCUCUGCUCAGCUCCAGGUGGAAAUCACAGUAGCUAGUAAGGUAGUGCUUAUGGCUUUCUGGGGGGAAAAACAAAGAUUAAACCAACGGGAGACACUAGCGGCCGAAACCCGGGGCACAGGGGUUCACUCAGAACUCGUUAAAGAAGGUUCUCUAAAACUUUUUUAAAAAAAGAACUGUGGCGAGUUUAAGGGAAUUUUCCACGGUCAAAAGAGAAACAGGAGACGUGGGCACCAACCCUAAAUUUACAAUAAUACACAUAAACAUGCUACAUGCCACAUAUAUGUAUAUGUGCAUAAAUAUGGAUGUGAUGGAGUGCAUACCUACCUAGACACCAUUCACUUGCCUGGCCAAAGAAUAAGGCUCAGACAUUUCGUGCCUGGGAAAUUGGUGCGGUUCAACUUUAAGAAGGCUAGAAAAAUAAGAGAUGAGGCUCACGUUGCACGGAUGACAUCACUAGCUUUUGGCUGCGCGCUCCGUGUUCUCGGCUGUGGGUUUUAGCCAAGGCUGCAGCGCCUAGAGGCCGAGCGAGUGACAGCGGCUUCCUAGGGCGCCCACACCCGGGCAAUGCGAUUUCUGGAGCCCCUGGGGCGCAGGCUAGGCUCUCGCUCCUCGCGGGCGUCGGCUGAGCCUGAGAGGCCCGGAAGCCUCCGCGGCUCGAGGAGGAGAUAGGGAGGGUAAGCUGAGGUACCGAGGCUCCCUACCCCCCACCCCUUGCCCCAUUCACCACAGUGCGGGGAGCCGGAUCGCGGGACGCCGAGGCCGGGACGGGAUCCUCUGCACGAGGCCGAGGGACCCUGCGCCUCGUCGCCUGGGUGGGCUGCGAAGAAAAUGGUGCAGUCUGAGAGUGGCUGACCCCAGCUGGCCAGAGCAAGCGGGUGCUGGACUGCUUGGGCUCAGGUGGCAGCGAAGGGGGCGGGUUGCUUCGAGCAGCCGGGUCCUGGGUUUUCUUGGUGCCCGCAGCAUUUGCUUAGCACCUGGGCAGCUCCCACGCGGGGCUGCGGGAGACUAGGUGAAGUGAGGCAGAGGGGAUCUUGGAGGAGGCUGGGCGUACACAUUCCAGGAAGAAGGAGCUGGAAAGAGCAGAAUGACACCGAGGAGGCUGGUGACUGGGCCGGCUGCGCGCCACCCCUGAGCGACCUGUCCAUGGUGUUGAAGGAGCUCGGAGAGCCCGGGGUGCUCCCUCCUCUGUGCAGCCUGCCCAUAGCUCCUGGCAGCUGCCGCCCAGUCUCUGCAAACCCCGGGCCUGGAAUAGUCGCCUAACGCCACCUGGGUGUCCCCGCUGUCCAAAAGCUAGACAGUCUGAAUGGCGAGGCCAGAGGCUGGCCACCCGGGAGCUCGCGGGGAAAGGCUGUCCGAGAUCGUGCGUCCUCGGGCAGUUCACCUCUGAGAGCACGCGUGGGCCAGCAGGAGCCAAGGACCUAUUGGUGAUCAGAGGACCGAGGCUUUGAAAAGACCCGACGCUGAGAGGAAGAACAGUUUCGGACGCACGUCCCCGGCCUUCGGCUGCAGAUCGAAAAGGGGAGAGUCCAGGAGAACGAGAUCCAGGGCAGCCGGGCGCGGGCGCAAUCCAUUCCUUCGGCGGAGUGCUGCGUCCUCACACGCCCUCCCUAUCAUUCCUAGGAAGCCAGGACAGUCACUUUGGUCAGCAAGCUGCACAGAAAAACCCAGCAAAUCCCGCCGCGGUCGAGAGCACUUGGUAUUUAGUUUGCGGUUGCCGGGCCGCGGGCCGAGGCGGAGGCUUAGGACUGUCGCCUCCUGAACGGUGAGAAGUGGCGGUGUUGAGUUCGCCACCACCGGAGAAGGCUGCACCAGCCCGGAGGAUGCUCAGGACCCCGCGGGAGCCUCUCCGUAACAGAACUUUAUAGGCUGCCCGCCCCGAUCCCCGCAGUCUCCAGGCUCCGUACCCGCAGGUGGGGGCCAAGGGGUCGCCGCGGCGCAGAUUCCCCUCCAGUCCCCACCCCCAGCUCGGCCGCCCUCCGCUUUGUUCCGGGCGUGCAGAGGGAAGGCGAGGCUGCGGCGGAUCAUGCCCAUGGUGUAGCCGCCAAGCGGAGGCAUGGCUGCCGGAAGGUUACUGCUCUACACCGGGCUUUCGCUAGCGCUCUGCGCCCUCGGAAUGCUGGCUGUGGCCAUCUGCUCCGACCACUGGUACGAGACGGACGCCAGGAAGCACAGGGACAGGUGCAAGGCCUUCAACACCCGCCGGGUCGAUCCCGGUUUCAUUUACAACAACAACAACAACUUGCCUCUGCGCGCGAGCCGCUCGCGCCUGGACCGCUGGGAGGGCAAACUCCUCCGGGCCCGGAAUCGCCGGCAGCUGUUCGCCAUGAGCCCGGCGGACGAGUGCAGCCGGCAGUACAACUCCACCAACAUGGGCCUCUGGAGGAAGUGCCACCGGCAGGGCUUCGACCCAGAGAUCGCCGCCCUCAUCCGGAAAGGAGAAAUUGAGAGAUGCACGUACAUCAAGUAACACUACUCCUCAGCAACCAUCCCCAGGAACCUCACAUUCAACAUCACGAAGACCAUUCGCCAGGAUGAGUGGCAUGCCCUGCACCUGCGCAGGAUGACAGCUGGCUUCAUGGGCAUGGCGGUGGCCAUCAUCCUCUUCGGCUGGAUCAUCGGUGUGCUGGGCUGCUGCUGGGACCGAGGCCUUAUGCAGUAUGUGGCAGGGCUUCUCUUCCUCAUGGGAGGAACCUUCUGCAUCAUUUCACUGUGCACCUGUGUGGCUGGGAUCAACUUUGAGCUGUCACGUUACCCACGCUACCUAUAUGGACUCCCGGAUGACAUCAGCCACGGCUAUGGAUGGUCCAUGUUCUGUGCGUGGGGGGGCCUGGGCCUCACACUAAUCUCGGGAUUCUUCUGUACCUUGGCCCCCUCUGUCCAACCUGUCCCGAGGACCAACUGCCCUAAAUCCAGACCAGAGAAUGGGACAGUGUGCUAAAAAACAAACCCAUACAUAUAUAUAUAUAUAUAUAUAUAAAUA